AAAAAGUACACCAUAAACUACUUUAUCAUAAAAACCCUAAAUUGGUAUGAAAAUAAUACUAAUAAGCAAUUUCAUUGAAACUCCCAUUUUCUCAGCUCAUCAUCACCUAUUAACCUCUUCUAUAUAAACAUGCAUAUAUAUAUAUAUAUGCAUAUAACAUUCAUAUAUAUAUAACAUCUCUCUUAGGCUCUUAUAGUUUGUAAAUACAGUUAGUUUCGUAUAUAUAUAUAAUAUUAUAUUAAACUAUGACUACAAGUGCCAAACAGUUGGUUUCGAAAUCCAAAAGAUGGUUUUCAAACAAGGGUCUCAAUAAACUAAGCUUGAUCAAUCGUAGCCGUUCAUCAUCAUCUUUGUCAAUAUCAUCAUCUUCCACGUCAGCAGCUUCGCCAAAUGCUGUAUGUUCACCUCUCACGUGCCCUGCACGUGAUCAUAACAUAAUUAGAUCAUAUGAUGAUAAGAAGAAGAAGAAAGAAGAAGAGUUGAGACUAGUUUUUGGUCAUUUUGAUAGCAAUGGAGAUGGAAAAAUAUCUGCCCUAGAGCUGAGAUCGUAUUUUGGAUCAAUAGGUGAGUACAUGUCUAUUGAAGAAGCAAAGGCUGUGAUCAAAGAUUUUGAUACGGACGGUGAUGAUUUGAUUGACUAUCAAGACUUCUUAAAGAUGAUCAAGAGAGAUGAUGAUGAUCAUAGUAGUAAUAAUAGUAUUAUAAAUAUUAAUGAUGAUUUGAAGAAUGCUUUUGAGAUGUUUGAGUUAGAAAAAGGUUGUAUUACCCCAAAGAGCUUGCAGAGGAUGUUGGCUCGUUUAGGCGAUCAUUCCAAGACAUUUGAUGAUUGUGCGGCUAUGAUUCGAGUCUUUGAUACUGAUGGAAAUGGUGUCCUUGAUUUUAAUGAGUUUCACCAAAUGAUGACCUCAUAAUUAAUUAAUUAAUUAUAAUUAUAUAUUAUCCUUUGAUGAAUAUUGAUCAAUAUCUGUAAUUUUGUGAUGAUAUAUAUAUACUGUACUACUUAUAUAUAUUAUGUUGUUGUUA